CAUUCCAGCGUAGUUUGUUCCAGUUCCGCGACUUGCGGGCCAUUUAUACUGUCAGGGUCUUAAGCUUGGGGCUCGCUGGGACCUGGUGAUCCGGUUAUGGGAAAAAAAGCCUCGUCGGAGAGCAAAGCCUGAAAAAGGACUGCGCGGACUGACUUCUUGGCUACAGAAAGCAAAGCUCCACUGUUCCAGGCACGAUUCUGCCUUCUCUCAAAUGGCAUAACUCAGGACUCUGCAAAUUUCCAGAAACAGGAGGAAAAAUGACCACAUUCAAGGAGGGACUGACCUUCAAGGAUGUGGCAGUGGUCUUCACUGAGGAGGAGCUGGGGCUGCUGGACCCUGUCCAGAGAAAUCUGUACCGAGAUGUGAUGCUGGAGAACUUCAGGAACCUGCUGUCAGUGGGGCAUCACCCCUUCAAACAUGAUGUAUUCCCUUUAGAAAAGGAAAAAAAGCUUGGUAUGAUGAAGACAGCAACUCAAAGAAAAGGGAAAUCAGCAGACAAGAUCCAAAGUGAGAUGGAGACUGUUCCAGAAGCAGGACGACAUGAAGAGCUUUCCUGGGGGCAAAUCUGGAAACAGAUUGCAUGUGAUUUAAUCAAGUAUGAAGACUCUAUGAUAAAUAUUUCUCGGUUCUCCAAACAAGGUGAUUUGUCCUGCCAGGUUAGGGCAGGACUGUAUACAACUCACACGGGACAGAAACUUUACCAAUGUGAUAAGUACAAAAAAUCCUUUACUGACGUCUGCAACUUUGAUCUUCAUCAACAGUUACACUCAGGAGAGAAAUCUCAUACAUGUGAUGAGUGUGGAAAAAGCUUCUGUUACAUCUCAGCCCUUCAUAUUCAUCAGAGAGUCCACAUGGGAGAGAAACGCUAUAAGUGUGACGUGUGUGGUAAGGAAUUCAGUCAGAGCUCACAUCUGCAAACUCAUCAGAGAGUCCACACUGUAGAGAAACCAUUCAAAUGUGUGGAAUGUGGGAAAGGCUUCAGUCGUAGAUCAACACUUACUGUGCAUUGCAAAUUACACUCAGGAGAGAAACCUUACAAUUGUGAGGAAUGUGGGAGGGCCUUCAUACAUGCUUCCCAUCUUCAGGAACAUCAGAGAAUCCAUACUGGGGAGAAACCAUUCAAAUGUGAUACAUGUGGUAAGAACUUCCGUCGUAGAUCAGCACUUAAUAAUCAUUGCAUGGUCCAUACAGGAGAGAAACCAUACAAAUGUGAGGACUGUGGUAAGUGUUUCACUUGUAGCUCAAACCUUCGUAUCCAUCAAAGGGUCCACACAGGAGAGAAGCCUUACAAGUGUGAAGAAUGUGGUAAGUGCUUUAUUCAGCCAUCACAAUUUCAGGCCCACCAGAGAAUCCACACUGGAGAGAAACCAUAUGUAUGUAAAGUGUGUGGUAAGGGUUUCAUUUACAGUUCAAGUUUUCAGGCCCAUCAGGGAGUCCACACUGGAGAGAAGCCAUACAAAUGCAAUGAGUGUGGGAAGAGCUUCAGAAUGAAAAUUCAUUAUCAAGUGCAUCUGGUAGUCCACACAGGGGAGAAACCCUAUAAAUGUGAAGUAUGUGGGAAAGCCUUCCGUCAGAGUUCAUAUCUUAAAAUCCAUCUGAAAGCACAUAGUGUACAGAAACCUUAUAAGUGUGAGGAGUGUGGGCAGGGCUUCAAUCAGAGCUCACGACUUCAGAUUCACCAGCUGAUCCAUACCGGCGAGAAACCAUACAAAUGUGAAGAGUGUGGCAAGGGAUUUAGUCGUAGAGCAGAUCUUAAAAUUCAUUGUAGGAUCCACACAGGAGAGAAACCAUAUAAUUGUGAGGAGUGUGGGAAGGUCUUCAGUCAGGCCUCGCAUCUUUUAACCCAUCAGAGAGUUCACAGUGGGGAAAAACCAUUUAAAUGUGAAGAGUGUGGGAAGAGCUUCAGUCGGAGUGCACACCUUCAAGCCCAUCAAAAAGUCCACACUGGAGAAAAGCCAUACAAAUGUGAUGAGUGUGGGAAGGGCUUCAAGUGGAGCUUGAACCUUGACAUGCAUCAGAGGGUACACACAGGAGAAAAACCCUAUACAUGUGGGGAGUGUGGGAAGCACUUCAGUCAGGCAUCAAGUCUUCAACUUCAUCAGAGUGUCCACACAGGAGAGAAGCCAUACAAAUGUGAUGUGUGUGGUAAAGUCUUCAGUCGGUCUUCACAACUACAGUAUCAUAGGCGAGUUCACACUGGGGAGAAACCUUACAAAUGUGAGAUAUGUGGUAAGAGGUUCAGCUGGCGAUCAAAUCUUGUAAGUCAUCACAAAAUUCAUGCUGCUGGUACAUUGUAUGAAAAUGAUGAGAAUAAUAAGAACAUCAGAGAGUUGUCAGAGGAAGGAAGCUUUACAAGGUGAUUAAAAACAAACAAAAAAAACUCAUGUACAACCUGAAUGCCUGUAAUCAGAUUUCAUAGGAGAGAAAAAAUUUUCUUUAUCAACCUCCUUGAAUUUAUUCGAUUUGUAAUGCUUCACAUUUGCAGAUAGAGAUCUGCCUCAUUUUAGAUUUUUUUUUUUUUUUUUGAAACAGGGUCUCGUUCUGUUGCCCAUGCAGGAUGCAGUGAUGCGAUCUCAGCUCACUGCAACCUCCACCUUCUGGGUUCAAGCAAUUCUCCUGCCUAAGCCUUCCUGGGUGGUUGGGAUUACAGGCGCGCACCACCACGCCUGGCAACUUUUUGUAUUUUUAGUAGAGAUGGGGUUUCACCAUACUGGCCAGGCUGGUCUCAAACUCCUGACCUCAUGUGAUCCACCCACCUCGGCCUCCCAAAGUGCUGGAAUUACAGGUGUGAGCUACUGCCCCUGGCCUCCAUCUAGACUUUGAAAUGAUUGCCUUCUAAUUACAAUAGCAUUCUCUUAUUUAAAAUAUUUGUUUUAUUUAAGUCAGUGUUUAAGCAAUAGCUCAACAUAUCCCAGUGGUCCAGUGACCACACAGCUGAGAACCCUUGUUAAGUGGUACAGUAAAGAAUCUGUCAAAACUUUGACAUUUAUGACAUGUCACCUAGGAAAUAGGACUUAGAAAAUGAGUUUGACCUGGGCUUUAAAAAAGUAUACUGAUGAAGGUGCCAGAAUUGAUGUCCAUUAGACUGUAAGCUUCAUGGGGUCAGGAAGUUUGCUGCUGAAUCUAUACAAUGUUAACAUUGACUAGUGCUUGUAGGUGUGCUCAAUACUUGUGUGUUAACUGAAUCAAAAGGAGUAAAUGUACAAUAUUUUAACAUUGCAUCCAAAGGAAGAAACCUGCAAAAUAAAAUUAUUUGGGGAAAUGAA